ACACUCUGAGCGAAGAAGGAAAUUCUUGUUGGUGUAGUAAUAGAUGUCCUAUUGAUCUUUUGUAUUCGUUAUUAGGUAUUUAAAAAGUAAUUCUAAACUGUAUAAACUUUAAUACUUCUAUAAUCUCUUAAAUAUGGAGUGGAUGGUGCCUGUGAACGAGAUGCUCAAGGAUGACAUCACAAAAUUAAACUACACUUUGAUACCCCCUGGAUUCCAAGGCGAUGUUCGAAGUGUGAGGAUUAUGCAAGAGAGCCUCUCCAAACUGAUCGACAUGCUAGGCGAGCAGUCGGCAGCGGCGCAAGGGCUCAACAAAGUAAUAACCACUGCUGAGAAGCUGCGGAACUCACCCACGCACAUACUCUAUCUACUGAAAGAUCCUACAGCAAAGAAGGGUAAGGGUGAAGUGAUAGGUCUACUGAAGGUCGGCCGCAAGCAUUUGUUCCUGUUCGACUCGCAGGACAAGGUGUGCGAGGUGGAGCCUCUCUGUGUUCUAGACUUCUUCGUGCUGAGCGACCGCCAGCGGCACGGGUACGGACGCCUGCUCUUCGAUCACAUGCUGCAGGAUAUGGAGACUAGUGCUCAGAAGUUGGCGAUAGACGGUCCUUCGCCGAAGAUGGAGCAGUUCCUGUCCAAGAACUACGGUUUGGAGAAGUUGGUGCGACAGAGCAACAACUUUGCCGUCUCACCCAGCUUCUUCAACAAGACAGGAGAAAUAAGUAAGUCGGGGCGAACCACCCCCGUGCUUACGCCAGCGGUCGGCAGGUUCGCAGCACCAAAACCACCUUCUGCCAUUGCUAACGUAAUACAUGGUGGCGGCGGCGGAUAUUACGAGUCUAACAAUGGGAGGGUUUCGGGAAGGGCGACGCCCGACGCUGAUGUCACGCUAACUGAGAAACGAUCGUCAGAGAAUCACUGCCUGCAGAAGCAGACAGAGAAGCCGGCACAGAAGAACCCUACUCCAGAUGCGAUGUUGGAAGUGUCCAUUCCAGAGUUGCAGAGGAAGUUGGAGAAGUUGGAAGUGGAUGUUAGGCCGACGGAACGGCCUUCCAGUUUGAAAGUGGGACCCCCUCCCGCCGCGAUUGCCACCCCCUCGCCCGCGGGCUCGGCCAUCUCGCGCCGCGACUCGCAACUAACGGAGCGCGGCUUCUUCGACGUCAAAUUCUACCAUAACAAACUCUGGUAGAUUGCUCAAUGGGGUUGCCAGUUUUGUACUACUUUUAUAAUGUGAAGCUUCUUCUAUCUGUCUGUAUAAAUUCCAGUAUUUGCAUUUUGCUGUUCGUGAACUUUGAAAACUGAAUCAUGUGUUGACUAAAAUUUUUAGUGUCAGCUAUAGCGAAGCGUAAAAGCCAGCCACGCUUUAGCUUGUUUAGCGAUCGGAGAAAAUUUAAUCGCUUUAUUUUCAAAUUAACUUAAACACUUUUGGAAACUUCGCCCAUAGCUUUCUUCGAAUCAGAAAAAUUGUUGAAAAUAGAUCAACAGCCUAAAAUGAAGCUGCCAACUAAACUAUAUAUUUUCCCAACUGGCAACCCUGAACGGACGGUGUAGAACAUUAAACGUAGACGUCCUUUAGUUUGAAACAUAAUUGGGUUUUGAAACAAAACAAAUAAACGUCGGCAGCUCGAACACGCUCACUUCAAUUAGAUUUUCGGAGGCCUAUAAUGUAUCUCGGAAAUCAACAUUUCUUAAUAGUAUUGCAAGUCUAAUUAUAUUUUACAUUUAAUAUUUGUGCAAUAGAUGUAGUGUAUAACACUGAUAUGCCAAUAGUUCACAACGGUAUGAUUUUAAAGAACCUCUCGUACUCGUAUGAAACUAGUCGAUAGCUUCGGACAUACAGAGUAGGCGGUUAUUGGAAAAUGUAUAAUUAGAUUUAUUACUUUUCUUUUUUCUUUACGUGGCUUUCUUUCAUGUUUGCAUAUUACAUAUUAAACUGACAAUUCUUAUUUUAUUUCUAUUUACUUAUAAAAAUCAGUACUACGAUAACACAUUAAAUUUUUAAUUUACAAUGAAUAUCCUAUGUCGUCGCUUAGUAUAUUAGAUUAACAUCGAUACUGCUAUCUAAGCGACAAUGAUGAUAGUACUCUAUAAAGUAACAGAAAAUGUCAGAUGUCCAGUUUUCGUUUAAUAUAUAUUGUUAUGUACAGUCUGUUAAGUUAUAAAUCUAAUUACAUUUUACUUAUUUCUGGUAUAGUAACAUGCCUUACGCUGUGGUAACUAGAGGUUCCACGUUGCACAAUGUAAUUCUAAAUAAUCUUUCCAUCACAUACUUAUUGAACUGGCUCAAUGACUUUCUAAUAUACGUGACUUAAUUUAAAGUUUGCCCGACUGAUUCUAAUGGCUUUCCAUUCUGUAUUACAGUUUAUUUGUAUCGAUAUUUAAUUUAAAAGGU